AAAAGAAUAGGACCACUCCAUCUUGUUUCUAUGGAGGUCGUCAAAAGCGACUAAGGGAUAGGCUUAUAAACAUGGGAUUUUUCUUUUGGGCGAUGGGCUAGCAACCUGUCACUAUUUGCACCUCAAUUCUAUUAUUAAGCCAAACAGCUGAAUGUGGCCUAUCAGUCUUCAAGACUGUUGGCUCUGUCUACCCCGCAAGGGCUAUAAACGUGAUUAUAUUAUAUAUAUGUAAUCACUACGUUUUAGUCAAGUACAUGUCACAGAUGUCAAUGCCAAUAAUUGUCAUCUCGGUUCGCCGUCGUUAUUAUUCCAGAUAUUAGCAAAGAAAAUAAAAACAAAUAAAAAGACGAGCAAUAGUUUAAAAAUUAAAAAUAUUUGUACAUUAAACAUAUUCUCUUAGAAUUGAUUAUUUAUCUAGCAGAUUUCAAGACCAAACAUAGGAUGAAAAGUUUACUUAGUGAUGUCUAUACGAAAUAAAUUUAAAAAAUAAUUUUUUUUCGAAAAUUUUCUUACUCUGAGAAAAAAGUUCAUGUUCGAUGGUCGAAAUAAACAAGUUUUCGUAUAAUGGCGAAGAGUCAAUGCAGAGUAUGCUUAAAAGAAGGUGUGCUAAACAAUAUUUUCAGCCAACUGGGUUCAUCUAUCAUAGCGAACAAUAUAAUGAACAUAGCAAAAAUUCAGAUACAUCCAAAUGAUGGUUUACCUGAUAAAAUUUGUGUUAAGUGUGUCAAAGCAUUACAAAAGUGUUUGGCAUUUAUUCAGUUAUGUGAAGAAUCAGAUCAAGCGUUAAGAGCUACAACAACAAUAAAUAAAUGUGAACCUUAUGAUAAUUAUGAAUUGGAGAGUAAUGAAGAGUUAUUUGAUGAUAUAAAAGUUACAGAUUAUGAAUUAACUCAAAAAUGCAAUAAAAUUGAGCCUUUUUCAAGUAAUGAUAAAUCUAAUGAAAUCCUUAACUUUAAAUCCUUAAAGGAGGAAUUGGUUCCACAAAUAAUAGAAGAAAAGAAGUCUCGACAACAACAAUGUUUUACAUGUGGAAAAGUUAUGUCUUCACGGUUUCGUCUCAAAACUCACUUGAGGACUCAUACUGGUGAGAAGCCAUUUUCCUGUCCACAUUGUAAUAAAAACUUUUCAUUGGCUCAAAAUCUUAAAGUUCAUUUGCGAGUGCACACGGGCGAGAAGCCAUUGAAGUGUUCUACAUGCGGCUCUGCGUUCGCGCACUCAGCCGGUCUCGCCGCGCAUGUGCGCAAACACACCGGCCAGUUACCGUACCAAUGCGUGUUGUGUCCGCGCAGCUUUCGGACUUUUGGACAUUUGCAAUAUCAUAUAAGACACCACACAGGAGAGAAAAACUUCGAGUGCGACACUUGCGGGCGAGCGUUCAUAACUCGUAGUGAUUUGAAGCAGCACCUUCUGACACAUAGUGGGGACAAACCCCACGUGUGCUGUAUAUGUGGCGUACGGGUCACGAGAGCAUCUCACCUCAAAAGACACGUACAAAACGCCCACAAGUCCAAACAGUUUCCCUGCAAAGAGUGUUCAGUGAAAUUCAGUCUCAAAUCUGAACUUGAUAAGCAUGUGAAAGAACAUUGUCGAAAUGUUGAAGAAAAUGUUAUAAUUGGAGUUUAGUUGUGGUAGAAGCUUAUACCUAUAUACUAUUUUAUCUUUAAAAGAUAAUUGACAGAAACAACGAUAUAGAGAUUUUAUCUCUUUUUAUUAUAUCUUAAAAUGAUGAUUGCAUAUAUGAUCAGUAAAAUUAAUUGCAUAUUUUGGUUAUAUUGAGAUGUGACCGAAUAGACAAUAAAUUAUUUUGACUGCUUUCAUUUAUUUUAAUAAAAUAUAUUGUAAAACAUAUUGUGUACAUGUUUGUGAAAGCUAAUAAAGUAUUAUGUAAUUUUAAUUA